AUGGAAGAAGCAUAUUUUUUCGAAACUCGGUCCUAUUCGCUAGAGCCGAAUUUAUUACAUGAUGAGAAAUUCCCGUUCGAUGAUAUAAAGGAGCGCUCAGCAAGGAAAAAUAAAACGCAAACUGAUAAGAUCAACGCUCUUCGUGAGAUUUUGGAGCAACAAUGCAUAGAUAAAUUUCAAGACCAGGAGGAAUCUUUGCUAUAUAUGAGGUCCUUUGAUACUAUUUAUGAAAAUAGCGGCGACGACUCAACUUCAGAAAGUGGAAAAACUUCUCCUUCAACGUGUUUUGAAAUUCCAUAUACGUAUAAUACAAUUAUUUGGGUAAAGAACAAAAGCAGUUUAAAAAAGACAAACAUUAAGCCAUUGGAGACACACCAAAUUGUGACUGAUGAUGGACCAGUUGAGCUGAGGUUUAACAUUUUUCCAGUUUCUUCAGAAAAGCAAAGGAGUAAGCCUUGAGUUGUAGAUUCCAUGAUAUGCAUUAUCGAAGAUUUAAAUGAUGUGCAAGAAAUUAACCGACUCAAAUCUGAGUGCAAUUAUGCAUGGAGUAAGAUUGCUCUUAUUCCUAAUCCUGAAUUAUAUUCUAUAAUUCAAUCAGGAGCGUAUAUCAUCGAGAUACCAAUUUUUAAAUCUUUAGGAGAAUGCUUAGAGCAGGUGCAUAAAGAUGAUAUAGCGUUACAAGAGGAUCUUCAAAAUUGGUUUUAUCAUUCAGACCAAGAGAAAAUACUAUAGAAAUUUCCCAUAGAUGGCGCUGUUUGCCCUUGAUUUGCCCACUGGGGAAAUUUUUUGGUUCGACCAGUCCCAUAUGGUUUGGUCAAACCAAAAAAUUUUUCUCAUGGGCAAAUCAAGGGCAAACAGCGCCAUCUAUGGGAAAUUUCUAUAUCAUUAUUUCAAGAAAAUUUAAAAUCAGGAUCAGAUGGGCUCAAUAAUUUUUUAAAAAGAAUUAAAGAAGGAAACGCUAGUCUAAGAGAGUUCAAUUAUUGAUGAAAGAAAGGCAAGCAGGGCGGCUUAUCAAUUCAAAAGUCAUUGCUGUCAUUUCUUGCUAAAAUUGCAGUUAAUUUCUCGAAUUCUCUUGAUUCACUAGAAUUGCUUGGAAACGGUCUUUUUUCCAUCGACAAAACGACGCUGACAAAAGAGCUUUCUAUAAAAAUUGGUCCUGAAUUUCAAAAUCCUAAAUCCAAACUUUCAUUGGUUUUAGGCAAAAGUGCUAAAAGAGAGCAAAUUUUAAAUGAAGUCAAUAAAGCUCUUUCAUUUAAUAUGAGGGAAACUUGAUUUUCUAUCACUUUAUCAGCAAAAAAUGGGACGAGAUUUAUAAAUUUGAUAUCAGAUACAUUUAAAGCCAUUUUAAAUUCCUGAUUAGCUUCUUCUUAUGAUGGCGGCUUUAUAAAGGACUGUAUAGGAAUUGAAGUUAAGAAAAUUGCGGAUAAAAUUUUUAUUGGACUUUGGGCUGACUUCACUCAUUAUCAGCUUGAAAAAGUAAUGAAAGUCAUUGAUUUUUUAGAAGAUCAUUUCAGAUCCCCAAUUGAUGAUUUUCUUGAUCUUUCCUUGACUUUUCGAAAUGGAAUUAAAGAAUUACUAAUUCUCCAAUGAUGAAUAAAAUUAUCAAUUUUAAAAAAAAAUAUUUUUGCAUCUAGAAAACUAAAAAAUAUAUCAAAUAUAUUAUUAAGAAGUACUGAAAAUAUUUAUUGGGUCAGAAUAAUGUUUUUAAAUUUAAGACAUUACAUUACAUUACAUUAGAAUUUAUAUCGCUUAACGUCCACUACGGGGUUACAACUCCAGGUUUAUCACUCGCCUUUCGUCGCAUCGGGCCCACCAGUCUGCUGGAGACAAACUCGCUUCGAUCACCAGGGUGCUUCUGGGGCAAAUGUCCACGUCUUCGACGGCUCAUGGAUGAGCUACUUGCUUGUACAUGGGUUGCUUUUCCGAAAAACCCAAAAAAUGGAUUUUUCUGGUCGGCUAUCGGCAAAAAGGAAAAAUGCAAAGCCUGGGACGUAACGCCCAGUUUCACGCUAGGGAGUUGCCCGAAUGGUCCAGAGGACUUUGCUGGGCUUCCCCUUUCCAACCUUGCACCCUCCUUCCCACGAGGAAAAAUCCACCCCUGAGAAUAGACUAGGGCUAGGCUCUGAAAGCUACCAGAAUUGCUUACCUAGCAUUGCUGUCCAUCUCUGAAAUGGUAAAACCUUGCCGGAUAUAAUUAAAAUAUGAGUCGAGGCUGCAUGGCCGGGAGGCCAUGCCCAGACGAAGACGCCAUAUUUUAAUUAUUUUUAAAUUUAAGACAGCUUAACAAAAUAUUGAUAUUUUUUAGCCGAAGGAUUGAGAAAUAAAGAUACAAGUUCUUUGUUCGAUGCUUUAAAUUUAACUUUAACUUUCGUUCAUUGAAAGCAAUUUGCAGACACAAUAGCAUCCAUAAUGGAUAUGAAUUCUUUAUAUAAGUUUUUUCCAGUACUCGCAUUACUAACAUCAGGCAAAAUAGACAUUCGAUUAAAAUCCCUUAUGCAAUUCCGGAAUAUUUCCCCAUUUUCUCUCAUUCCAACUAAUCGCAAAAUAAUUGAUCAUCUCAAAGAUUUCAUCAGCGUUUACAUAAAUGAAGAUCUCCUUCUAUCUAAUCUCCUUAAUAAUAUAAUAGGAGAGCUCAGUAAUAAGAUUGAAAUCUUCACACGAUUUAACAAUUUUGGGGCAAAAUUAACAAUUGAAGUUGAAGACCUAUUUGAAUUUUUUCAAGAAUGUAUUUAG